AUGUUAAACCUAAUUAACCCAGAUGAUGAGUCAAAAACAAGUACCAAUCUGGAAAUCCUAAAUCCUAUCCCAGAUACUGAAACCGAGACCCAAGCCAAAGUACAAGUGAAUUACAAACCAAAACAAACUAUGGAGUUAGUAGAAAGUAGCUCGAAGAAAGUUGUAUCAAA